CCUACAGAGCCCUGAGCUGUUUAUGGGGGGGUCCUCCCUUGGGGCCACAAAUCCUGGCAUGGCUUUUAUAUGCCAACCCCUGUGCUAAAUACAUGCACAUUAUCUCAUUUUAAACUCACAGAUGUUCUGUGAGAUGCACACUGUUUCUGCCCUGUAUUUUUGAGAUGGGGGAGCCAGAGCUCAGAAAGGUUAAUUUGCCUGCAGUCACCGAGCCAAGCUCAAACUCAGUCUGAGCUCGGAAUCACUGUUUAGACUUUGCUCCUGCCCCGGGCUGAAAGUAAACACCCGCCAAAGACUGUGCCCUGCGGCGUGCCAGCCCCACUCCCCUGGUCUCUCCCUGCCGCAGUGCCAGUCCUAAAUCUUUCGGGAGAUGAGGCCGAGCCAUCCACGCAGGGGGAGGGACAAGGGCGGGAGCCUAAGCCCCUCCUCGGGAGUGGGCAGCACCUCUGCCAAGGCCCUCGCCUGCCCUGCACGGAGAGCAGCGGGGAAGCAGCCGCCCAGAGCUGGCAGCUGGCAGAGUCGUGAGCACGUCGUGGCCCCCAGCCCCGCGCCACAAAUCCUGGAGAGACAGCUGCUGCGCAGUCGACUCCCGCUGCACGCUCCUCUGAUCCGGAAUGUUUCCUGAGUUGCAUUAGGAGGGACCUGGGUUCGAGUCCUGACAUGUCACCAACUUACUGAGUGACCUGGGCCGGUGGCGUCCCCUCUUGCAGUCUUGCAUCUCUUCAGGGAAGGGGUUGAACCGAUGAUUUAGGAGGACGUUUCCUGCUCCGACACUGUGAUCUGAGUUCUAGAUUUCCACGUGACAUUCGGGAAGCCUGGCUGGGACGAGGGAAUCUGAAAUGACAAUGGCUCUGGACUGGGCUUUCUGCUCAACCCAGCUCACCCCCCUUGAGCCGUAGCGCGGCCCAGCCCCCUGAACCGCCUCGCUUCGCAUCUGCUGCCCCGACUCCCACCCGCUCGCACCGGAGGGGCUUCUCUCCUAUAGCAAGCCGGGGGGAGCCUUGUCCUGGACCCAGAGGGAGCCAUGGGGGACUGUGCCAUUGUGACCGACACCAACAGCUCGUCUGGCCUGGACAGCAACACCACCGGCAUCACAUCCUUCUCCAUGCCCGGCUGGCAGCUGGCACUGUGGGCCACAGCCUACCUGGCCCUGGUGCUGGUGGCCGUGACGGGCAAUGCCACGGUCAUCUGGAUCAUCCUGGCCCAUCGGAGGAUGCGCACGGUCACCAACUACUUCAUCGUCAACCUGGCUCUGGCCGACCUGUGCAUGGCCGCCUUCAACGCUGCCUUCAACUUCGUCUACGCCAGCCACAACAUCUGGUACUUCGGCCGCGCCUUCUGCUACUUCCAGAACCUCUUCCCCAUCACCGCCAUGUUCGUCAGCAUCUACUCCAUGACUGCCAUCGCCGCUGACAGGUACAUGGCCAUCGUCCACCCCUUCCGGCCACGGCUCUCAGCCUCCAGCACCAAAGCGGUUAUUGCUGGCAUCUGGCUGGUGGCCCUGGCCCUCGCCUUCCCCCAGUGCUUCUACUCCACCAUCACCAUGGACCAGGGAGCCACCAAGUGUGUGGUGGCCUGGCCCGAAGACAGCGGGGGCAAGACGCUCCUCCUGUACCACCUCGUGGUGAUCGCCCUCAUCUACUUCGUGCCCCUCGUGGUGAUGUUCGUCGCCUACAGCAUCAUCGGCCUCACGCUCUGGAGGCACGCAGUGCCGGGACACCAGGCCCACGGAGCCAACCUGCGCCACCUGCAGGCCAAGAAGAAGUUUGUGAAGACCAUGGUGCUGGUGGUGGUGACAUUCGCCGUCUGCUGGCUGCCCUACCACCUCUACUUCAUCCUGGGCAGCUUCCAAAAGGACAUCUACUGCCACAAGUUCAUCCAGCAGGUCUACCUGGCACUCUUCUGGCUGGCCAUGAGCUCCACCAUGUACAACCCCAUCAUCUACUGCUGCCUCAACCGCAGGUUCCGCUCUGGAUUCCGGCUUGCCUUCCGUUGCUGCCCCUGGGUCACGCCCACAGAGGAGGACAAGCUGGAGCUGACUCACAUUCCGUCCCUCUCCGCCAGGGUCAACAGGUGUCACACCAAAGAGACUCUGUUCAUGGCUGGGGAUGUGGCCCCCUCCGAGGCUACCAACGAGGAGGCUGGGGGUCCCCAAGACGGGAUGCUGCUGUGGUCUGGAUACGGUUGGUCUGUCCCCACCAAAACUUAUGUUGACACUUGAUUCUCCCAUGUGGCAGCAUCGGGAGGUGGGACCCAGUGGGAGGCGUCCGGGUCAGGGGGGCAGAUCCCCCAUGGAUAGAUUAGUACCCUUCAGCGUUCUUUCACUCUGGUGGGAACAGAUUCGUUCCCAAAAUAGCAGGUUGUUACAAAAGAGCCUGGCUUCCUCAGUUUCCUUCUCUCACUUCCUCUCUCACCAUGGGAUCUCUUUGCACAACCCACUCCCCUUCCGGUGGAAGCAGCCUGGGGCCCUCCCCAGAUGCAGCUGCCCAAUCCUGGAUUUUCCAGCCAGAAUCGUGAGCCAAAUAAACCUCUUUUCUUUGUACACUACCCAGUACCCUGUUGUAGCAACACCAGAGGGACUAAGACAGGUGACGGCUGAACCCUGACACCCUGUGUCUGGCUGCAGGAUGAGGCUCAGCACCCUUUGAGAAGUAGCCCAAGAGUAUCAGAUCUGAAAGGGUGUGGCCUAUGCCCCAUCCUUCCAUACACCAAUGGAAAAACCAAGAUGGGGCCAGGAACUCAACAAAGAAUGCUGGCUACGACAGGACUCAAGCCGCCCGUCUCAGGGAGCACUUUGAGGCGUCCGACAAGAGUCAGAACAGACAGCAUGAGCCAAUAUUUAUCUAACCUAGGAGCUGCAUGUUCAAACGCCUUCCUGGGGGCAUACAACUUCCAAUGAGUACACUGGAUCCAGUAUAAAAAAAGACUGCAAAUGUGAUGACAGCAGGCAACUGACUUCUAGUCUCAGUGUUGAGGUGCCAGGGAAUGGUGGGGGCUGUGGCAACCCGAGUGGACAGGCAUCCAAAGGGGACAGCAGCUUCUCAGCUCUGGACACAUGCUGCCACGUGGUAAUGGCAGCCCGUUGUCGCCAGAUAUAAAUCUUUCAAGAGAAGCUGGUAAUCCAAAUUUGUGAGACCUCCAGAUCUGUGACAUUUGGCUCACAUUUUUGCAAAUUUUGGGUAAGCUGAACAAAACAUACCUGUGGGCAGCAUGAAACCAUGGCACUGACUCAUUAUCAGGCAAAAGACAAUGAAAGCAGCUUUUUUGUUUCACAAAGCCCAACAGCUGUGAGUCAUCCCAGAGCUUCUCUGCCUCAAUAUCUAAGAAGUCAGAUGCAGCCCAGUGCAGAUGGUGACUAAGAGUCAAAAGUCAGCUGUAUGUCCUCAGCCAAGUCACUCUGACCCUCAGCAUCUUCUUCAGCCCAAUGGCGAAACUCAAUUCACAGGGAUGCUGGCAAGAUCAUGGCAGUGAUGUCUUCAAACCAGCAGGCCAGACCAGAUUAAGUGCUCACUGAAUGACAGCCGUGACUUUCAUUACUGCCACACCGGCUAUUUUACACAGAAGCCACCUACAAAACAGCAAUGCAGCUCCUGCCCUCACUUCUGCAACAAGAAGCUGGUGGGCAGAGAACGCUUUCUUUCCAACUCCCAGAAAACUCCAGGCCUGGCCCAGUCCUCGCCAAGGGUGCACCUCUCCCUGUCCGCCGACUCGCCCUCCACGCCUCAGCGCCCCUCCAGAACCACGUAACACGGUCUACACACAUCGAAAAGUUUGGUGUCUGUGUUCUCCACAAACACCACUGUGCCAGACACCAGCAGCACCAUGCCCCACAUAAAGGGACUCUGAUCUCACCCAUCCAAGUGGGCAGGCCUGGGGGGAGCCACUUAGAGCUGCAGUCAUGCCUUGGGACAUCUCGGGGCACCUGAGUGCAGCCUGAUGUGGGGUCCACCAAAAUGGACCCCAAAAUAGCAGCCAGGAGACAGCCAGCAAUCUCGAGGUGGGGGUGGGGGGAGGUCAAAGGGGUCAGAUAGUUUAACCGCUUCGAUCCGGCACUCACCGGCCGAGAAACCUUGCCCACAGCCGGCACUCACAGUCCG